AUGGGCGCAACAAAUAGGGCGACUGGAGCCACAAACAGCAUCACGCAACCAAUGCAAGGUUCAACCAUCGGAACGUGGAGAGUUCGCACCCUCUAUGCUUUCUUAUUAAAAAAAAUUCUAUUUCAUCUUCCUCUCCCUUUCUCUCUUUUCUUCUCAUAUUACUUUCUCUCUCUCUCUCUCUCUCUCUCCCCCCCAUCCUUUCUAAUUUUCUAUCGAUAUAUUUACCCCUUUUUAGAAAGAUUAGCGUUUCCGUCCAUUACCCUCUCCCUUUCUCAUAUCAUCUAUACUCUCUUAUUUCUCUCUUUUCUUCUUCUCAUUCUUACUUUACCUCUCUUUGUUUCUCUCUCUUUCUCUUUCUCUCUUUUUCUUUUCAUAUCGAUAAAUCUUUACAUUCUUUACUUUCCUUCUUUAUUCUUUUCUAUCUUUUUCUCUCCCCUCUUUUUGAAAUUGUCUUUUUCUAUUUCAUCUUCCUCUCCCUUUCUUUCUUUUCUUCUCUCUUACUUUCUCUCUCUCCCUCUCUCGUUUGUGUUCUUUUCAUAUAGAUUAAUCUUUCCCAUCUUUACUUUCCUUGUAUCUUUUACCCUCCUCCCAUUUAAAAAAAUUCUUUUUCUAUUUCAUCUUCCUCUCCCUUUUUCUCUUUGCUUUUUUCUUCUCUCUCUCUCUUUCCCUUUCAAAUUUUCUCUCUACAGAUUUUCCCAUCACCCUUUCUAUAAAGACUUUAUCAUUUUCUUCCUUUUCUCCCUCCCAUUUCUCAUACUGUUUAUAUCUUCGUCUUUCUCUCUUCUUCCUCCCCCUCCUACUUUCACUCUUUUGUAA